AUGGCGGGGAUGCGAUUUUUAGAACACAAAGGCUCUGCUUCGUGGAAAACAAAACGUAAGAGAAUUUUUGAAAGAAAGAAACUUGAUAUUAACGAGAAAGUAGAGGUGAGGAGUGUUGAAGAAGGGUUUCAGGGUUCGUGGCAUCAGGGAACUGUUACUUCAUGGAAUAAGCGAGAGUGUCACGUAAAGUAUGACCAUCUUCUUCUUGAUGAUGGUUCUGAUAAGCUCGUCGACAUUGUGAGUGUUUCUGCUGAAAUAAAUGUUUUUUCUUGUUCAUGUGACACUCACUAUAACUAUAGGGGGAAUAUAAGGCAAUUGCCACCUGAACUAGAGUUAUGCAAAUGGAACCUUUGCUAUGGGCUCUGUGUUGAUGUAUGGUAUAAUGAUGCUUGGUGGGAAGGUGUGAUUUUGGACCAUGUAGAUGGUUCAGAGAAGAGGAGAGUUUUCUUCCCUGAUUUGGGUGAUGAAAUGACUGCUGAAAUUGGCAACUUACGAAUUACUCAAGAUUGGAACGACUUUGAAGAGGAGUGGAAAAAACGUGGAACCUGGUUGUUUCUUGAGUUGAUUGAGCAAUACGGGAAAGAAUGGUUUCUUUCUGUUUCUGCGCAACAAUUUUGGUACGAUUUACGGGAGAGAAAGGAUUUUCAAAAUGUUGGAGAGUGGACAUUUUCUUGCGAGUUUCUGUGGAAAGAAUUGGUGCUAGAAGUAAUAAAAGAUAACCAUAAAAUCACUGUGGAUCACUUUGUCAAGGUAUUAGGCCUUCCUGGUUCCUCCCAACCAGAAUCCAAAUCAGAAGAGGAGCCUGCUAUACUGGAUGCAGAUGUUAAUAUGAGUACUGAUGCAAAUUUAGGUGACACAAUUUCUCUUGCACUAGUUAAGAAUCACGUUAACAGUUCUUUGUUGAGUCCAGACACAGUUAGAAUUCCGUCAAUUCAAGGGAAAUCAAGUUCUGGUCAGCUGAUGCAUGUUUUCAAGGAUGAUAACAAUGUUUUGCCUGAACCUAAUGAACCCUUUGUUGAUAAAGCUGUCUGUAGUUCAUCCGAGGCUUUGUUGAUCUCACCCUCUGUUGUAGGUGGAAUUUCAGGCAUCUGUUCUGUAGCUAGCAAUGAAGGAAUUUCUGGAACUGAUAUAGAUACAGCUGAAAGGAGGGCUAAACAUUCAGGGUUCGAUGUAACUGCAACAUGGAUGCCUCCUGACCCUGAGCUUGUUUCUAAAGCUGAGUCAUGCCCUGAUGCCAUUACCAAAUACGUUCUUGCUAGUAAGCAACGUGAUAAUGCUCUGAUAACUGAUGUUAGGAAGCAUCUUCUGUAUCAGGGAUGGAAAAUGGAGACCAAGCAAGACGGAAAAAACUUCAGGUGGCGAUACUUCUCACCAGCUGGGUGUUGUUAUUACUCUCUUCAUCAGAUCUGUUUAGAUCUGACAGAUCGCUCCAGAAAGCAAAAUUGUUCAAACCCCAAAGAUGUACACGUUGAACCAAACAUCAACCAUCUUGGUAUUGUUGAACCAAACAUCAAGGGACUACAUUUUAUUGAACCAGAAUAUUGCCCUCAAGCUGUUUUGGACUGGUCUAAGGUUGAAUUGGAUGAGAUUCGCAAAUGCAAGGGAACUGAUAUGACGCUAAAGGCAAAAAGGCAUCUCUUAUGGCUGGGUUGGGUGUUUCACUAUGCAACCAAAUAUGGAAAGCGUUAUUUGUGCUACACUUCUCCAAGAGGAAAGAUGUUCCAGUCACUUCGGGAAGCGUGCAAAAACUGUAUAAAAGAAGGUGGACUUUCUCAAAUCGAUGCCUCUAACUCUAGUCCAGCGGAAAAAAAUUACGCUGUUAAGGAGAUUGAUUGUCAGUUAGUGAGUGAAAAGCUUUCUUCUGCACUUGCUAUUGUGGAUAUCCAGAGAAGUUGGAUGCCGUCAAAUAGUGAAUCUGAACACUGGUCCAAGAAAUGUUAUUCGAGAUCUGAGAGAAGAAAUGUCGUUGAGCAAAGUAGGGUCAUUCAAAAGCCUAAAAGGAAGAGAAGAGAUAGUUUGUCAUAUGCUGCAUUUAACUUAAAAAAAAGGCGAACUGACUUACCUGUUAAAUACACUAGCAUUUCAAGAUUGAAAGGUGGAAAGUUACCUAUGUCACUGAACAAACUAAGAGAGUAUCUUAGAGGUAGUCAACAUAACUGUGUGCUACAAUCAACCAAAAGAGUGCAGCAGAUUGUGACUCCUAGUUCAUUGCAUCAAAAUCCACGAACUGUGCUGUCUUGGUUAAUAGAUAAAAAUAUUGUUUUGCCAAGGUCAAAAGUACAUUACUGGAGGAAGAAGCAGAGGUUGAAAGCUGAAGGGAGGAUAACUCGUAAUGGAAUUAUGUGCAAAUGUUGUGGCAAGGUGUACACUCUUGGUGGUUUUGUAUUACAUGGUGGUGGUGACAACCAGAGACCAGCUGCCAAGAUCUUCUUGGAAGAUGGCAGGUCUCUAUUGGACUGCCAGAUGCAAGUAAUUCAAAAUAGUAGAGUGAAGUUUGGAAAAAAGAAGAAUUCCCAGUUGAAACGCAAUUUCCGAAUGGAUCAGAACGAUGAAAUUUGUUCUGUUUGUCAGUAUGGGGGUGAACUAAUUUUAUGUGAUCAAUGUCCAUCCUCAUUCCAUAAAAACUGCCUUGGUUUAAAGACUGUUCCAGACGGUGAUUGGUUCUGUCCAUCAUGUUGCUGUGGGAUUUGUGGUCAAAGCAAACUUAAAGAUGGUGCAAAUAUAGUGGAUGGCAGUCUUUUCACUUGUGCUCAGUGUGCACAUAAAUAUCACGUUGGCUGCAUAUGCAGUGCAGGGGCAGAUAGGUUGGAAAUGUGUGCAAAAGAUAAUUGGUUUUGCAGCAAAAAGUGUGAAGAGAUAUCUUUGGGCCUUAAUGAGCUUUUAGGGAGACCAAUUCCUGUUGGAACGGACAAUCUAACAUGGACAUUAAUUAAAUCCUUGCAGCCGGAGAGUUAUGAUCUUGAUGCUUCAGAUGACGAAACCAUGGUUGAGAAUUAUAGCAAACUUAGCAUUGCACUUGAAGUGUUGCAUGAGUGUUUUGAGCCUGUCAAAGAAUCAAGUACCGGUAGAGAUCUUGUUGCAGAUAUUAUAUUCAGUAGAAGCUCAGAACUUAACCGCCUGAACUUCCAGGGCUUCUACACGAUACUUCUGGAAAGACAUGAUGAACUCAUUACUGUUGCCAAUAUUAGGGUUCAUGGAGAAAAGGUGGCCGAAAUGCCUUUGAUUGGUACCAGGUUUCAACAUCGACGGCUUGGAAUGUGCAGCAUUUUGAUGAACAAACUUGAGAAGAUGCUCAUGGAAUUAGGAGUGGAGAGGCUGAUAUUACCUGCUGUCCCUGAUGUGCUGCGCACAUGGACUGACUCAUUUGGAUUUUCGGAGAUGACGCCAUCUGAGAGAUUAGAGUUUGUAGAUUAUACAUUUUUAGAUUUCCAGGGUGCUACCAUGUGCCAGAAGCUUUUGCUUAAGAAGCCUUUACUGGAAUCAAGCUUAUCAAUUGGAUCCCAGUUUGAACUUCGUAUUGAUGCAUUUGAAAGAUGUGAUAAUGUCAACGAUGAUGAAUCAGAUUCAGCCUGUGAAGUAUCCCAAGCAAGACAAAUCAACAAAAACGAAAUUAUGGGUCAAGGACUACUGGAGUUUGACACGGUAGGAGGGAUUGGUAGCAGUGAAAGCGAUGUUCAGAUUCUCGUUGCGGUGAACCAGCCUACACAAAGUGAGGCUCCUAUGAACCCAGCGUGCUUAGCCGAGGAUACGGGUUUGAAGAAAAGAAGGGGCGGUCAUAGCAAUUUUAACAGGCUGUGUAAGCGUAGGAUGAUAUGUGUAGGUAGGAGAUGAGUUUUGGUUUCGUGGGCAUCCAAAUUUUGCUGUCAUGGAUGUCUAAAUAUUCUGUACAGCUGGACAGAACAGAACAUCUCAAACUCAGGUCUAGAAAUGUCUUUAUGUAUAAUAAUCCAGGGAAUAAUGUUGUGUGUGCUCAUUUUGAGUAUC